AUGGCGCGGCUACGUGGCUUUCGAUGGCACGCGCAGGUUAUCCGCCAGCAAAGCAUUGUGCUGGCUGACGUCACCUUUCAUCUAUGCGACGUCCUCGAAGCUUCGUGCUCCUUAACUGCCGAAGAGCUUUCUCGGCUGGCAGGCGCGGUGCCGGCGUCGCAUCUCGACGAGGCUUCCUCGAACCUUCCCUCUGAGCUCGACUCCCCUCCCCCGCUGAUCAGCAGCACAUUCACAGAGGCAGCAGCGGAGCAGGCGGCGCAUGGGGAAGACGCGGGUGCGCGCAAGACGGUAUCAGGGUCGGGAGAAGGCGGCUGGUCGGGGGAUACACGAGAAGGCGGCUGGUCGGGGGAUACACGAGAAGGCGACUGGGACGAGCGGGACGCAGGCGUGGCGGCGCCGGCAGGCGCCUUCAGUAACAACUCACCUAGGCAGGAGCGCGACGAGCUGCGCAAGGCGCUGCUGGAGCACCUCACUCUGCUGCGCCUGGAGGAGGCGCGCGCGGAGUGGGCGGAGCGGGGGGAGAGCGAGUGGGGGGAUGGCGCAUGGGAGAUGGAAGGGGACAGGGACACGGGUGGGGGACAGAGUGGGGGAGAAGCGCAUGCGGAGGAGAGGGAGGGGGAGGGCGGAUGGGGGGAGGAGGAGGCGCUGAUGGCGCAGGCAAGGGCUGCUGCGGAGGCUUCGCGCGCUGCUGCUAGGGCGAGGCGUGGGGGAGAGGAAGAGAGGGGGGAAGCGGAAGGAGGGAUGGGAGGAGUAGCUGAUUGGGUGGGAGAGGUGGGAGGCAGCCCACCGACUUUGCAACAGGGGGCGCCUCGCAGAUUGGGAGGAGGAAGGGAUGUUAGGGGCAGAGAGAGCAUGACGAAUGGGGGGAUGAGUGCAGCCGUGAGUGUGGCAGAGGCUGUAGCUGACGUGGCACUGAUGGUGGAGCAGGAGUUGGAGCGAGACAGGGGGCGAGAGCAGGAGGCGGUGCUGCUGGUGGGUGGGGUCACAAGCCCUCCUGGAGUGCACCGAGCCGUGCCGGCCUCAUGGCAACAGCCAUGGUGGCUGUCACCUGCUCCUCCACCUGCUGCUGCUGCUGCUGUUUCUGCCUCUGCUACUGGUUGGCAUGCAUCGACUGGCAUGAACGGUGUCAAGGGCGAUGGCGUGCCAAUCAAGCGAGCAGCAGGGGCAGGUGGGGUCAUCAUGGAGAGACGAGCUGGGGGAUUUGCCGAGUUCAGUGGGCGAAGUGGGGUAGGCUUUGCUGCGUUUGCUGGCAACGGGGCGGGUGGUGAGCAGCAGGGUGGUGGCAAGGCAGCUGGCAGGCAGCAGGCAGGCGCAGGUGAAGAGAUCCUUGUGGACACCACGGGGAACGCAGGCAACGCAGGGCCAGGUUUCAAGUUUGACAAUCCUAUACAUGCUGGAAAGCCAUUAUCGCCACUCUUCACACUAAUGAGAAGGUAG